AUGAAUAGAGCUAAGGAAGCAAUUGCAAGCUUCGUCUCUAAGGACGGAAAGCAUACAACCGACGUGCAUCAAGAAGCUGCCCCCGCCGUCACUGAGGAACAUGUUCAACCGCAGAGGCAUGAGAACGUGACCACAGCGGUGGAUCGUGAGAAUCACCAAGACCACUACAGAACCGUAGUGCAGCCGAUUAAGCACAAGGAAGUGCUACCUGAGAAGCAUACACACAAUGCCGUCCCUGUCGAGCACAAGGUCCAUGACCAUAGAGAUGAUAAGAAUAUAAGUGCAAAGCUUGAGCGUGAGGCGGCCAAGUUCAAGGAUAGUACGACAACUCAUAGUACGACCCAUACCUCCUCAACCGCUCCUGUUGUUGGAGGCGAACAUACCCACCACCAUGUGCAUGAACACAUCCAGCCUGUGAUUCAGAAGGAAACUGUUGCCCCUGAGGUCGUUCACACGACCGUUCCUAUUCAUGAAACUCAUCACCAAGAGGCUAUUCAUCAUGGCACCCACGUUCUUCCGACCAAGACUAUGGAAGAGUUCUCGAACAACAGAGAGAUAUUUGAUGGGCGUGCGAAGUCUAAGGUAACUGAAUUCGAGGGCUGUCCUUCAGACUAUAACAAGAAUCUGCGGGAGGAUCAUCCACAUACUCAUGAGAGAGGUGCACACUCCCAUGGCGUUAACAGCAGCGAAAUCGGUUCUGGAUCUGUUGGCGGCCGAACUGGCACCCGCUCCCAGGGUCUGAGUAAUAGUGAGAUUGAACCUCGCGCUGGUGUUGAGACGGGAGGCCGUAGAGGUCUUGGCAGUGAUUCCACCACCGAGGGUUCAAUUGCACAAAAGCCCUCCUUGAAGGAUCGGUUGAACCCCUUCAAGGAUGCUGACGGUGAUGGCAAGAAGGGUCUCAUGGACUAG